AUGGACCCGAAAACGCUCCAAAAAGAUCUUGCUGCGAUCCAAAUGGAUCCCGAAAUUAAGGCCCAGAUGGAGACGGACUUGAAGGCAGGCAACCUUACCGCGGACUUAGUCUUCCAAGUGAUAUUAAUGAAGAUUUUGGGCUUGCCCAAGAACAACUCUGUCCACGAGAAAACCGGUACCAUGAACUUCCUGGGCCCCAACUGUCUGGGAGAACCGAGCUACAAAAUCGACGAUGGUGAGUUCGAGGAUCCUCCAGGCAAGGAUAUUCUCACGCAUUACACCGAAUUUGCUGAAUACGUGCGUUGUGAUUAUCAUCCAAGGGUAAGUCUGCGACCGUUUACUUUAGGACUUUAACUUAGUUGCACAGUCUGCCUUGAACAAAAUACCUGAACGCUUGAGCACACGGGAAGAUUCGAGAAAGACACGGGGUAGGAACCUUCCUGCACUAAAUUCCAGGAGGUUAAGAUCAGGGUUAAGGUUAGGGUUAGGGUUAAGAGUUGGGACACGGGAAAAGGCACCCUUCCUGGAAUCUAGCGAAAGGCCGUGUGUAUUACAGGGGAGUUCUCGUCCUCGUAUCUUACCAAAACUGGAAAUGCAGUGACAACCGUAGUACUCUUCGACUUUCGAAAUAAUUUCCUGCACUUACAAUGUAUUAAUUAAGAUUUUGUAAAUUAAUAACCGCGUGUUUGUUCGUAAAUUGUUAAUCAGCUAGACAAGAGACAAAAGUAUAAAAACAAUUUAAUUGGGUACAUCAUCGACUGAAAUGUUUGCAUAUGGGUCAAUGGGGCUGAUACUUCCCCAGUAAACCAGGCAAACCGUCAGAAACUUGUUUGACUUAAAUGCGCGACAGCAAUACAUUCCGUUUGAUAGGACCGCAAAGAACAGGUGGCGGGGGCAUUCAGUUUAAUAAACGUGCCCCAAAAAGGGCACCGUUUGUUAGGUAGAAGAGUCAAAAAACUAGGUGGUUCCAUCCAAGCGCGCGAAACAAAUCCCUAGAGAACUUACGCUUUAACUAAUAAUAUAUUCCAACUUGCUGAGAGGUGCCUGAGAAAGCACCAAUUAUAGGCGACGUGCAGAUCAUUACGCCCUAGUGCGCGACUCCAGGAUUAGGGUUGGAUAUUUGUGCAGGAAAUAAGUCUAAAGAUUACAUGCAGUGCUUUGAUGCAAUAUAUGGUAGUAAACUCUGAAAAUCUGCAACCUCUCAAAUUCAUGAACACUGGCUAGCAUUAACAAGUUCGGACUGCAAACAAGACUAACGUUUUGUGCUACGUGGCGAGCAGAGGAGCAUACUGCACGUAGUCCCCGUGAGUUCAAAUUUGCAGUAGUACGAGUUUGUGGAACGCCGCCGAAGGAGGCUUCACGCCAUAUCAACCUCUGCAUCAAAUGUCAGCAUCAUUUCAUUGACAGGCUUGGACGGUCGAUUGAUGUACGAGAAAGAAAGGGGAGGAAAAAACACUCCGACGCGAACCAACGCACAUGAAUUCGUCGUUGUGCGCUAAGAUCCGUGGCUUGGGAGGCUGCCGAUUGGUGAGAUAUCUCUGUCCCACUCAGGACUGAGAGUUAGGUGCGUGAUCCAAAACUCCCGUAAUAGAGCAGGGUGUAUGUGUGAAAUUACAUAGCCAGUCAUGUGUGGCGCGCAUAAACGGGAUGUUUAGCUUCCACAAACAAUGUACUCAAGCCCACCUCCAGUCAUGUUUAUAUUUUCUUGACAUCGAGACAUGCCGUCUUGGAAGAACGACCGAGAGGGAAAUGCAGCGUUAAUCUUCAUCAUAGAGUCAAUCUUAAGUCGCCUCGCGGACAAUGGUGGAUGCCACCACUUGAGGCGGUUGAGAUGUCGUGCGCGACAUCAGCGACAUAACCGAUGCCUAACAAGAGCUGCGGGCCAAUUUCAUACUACAAACGUUUCUAGAAAAGCGAUCAAAGAAACAAAUGGUUCCACCAUGAACUUGCUUUUAAUUCCAUGACGAAAGUUUUAAAAAGGAGGAUGUUGUUUACUCCGAAAUGACAUUAAAGCGCGUCAAAAGAUAAAGAAAAGAGAACAUUCCGACCUUGUACAAAGUGAGGAUUGAAUAUCCAGAGAUGACUUUAAGAAUUUUAUGAGGUCAACCCCUGGGACAAGAUUUCGACACGCGGGAGAUUUCAGUUGAGCAGAGACUGGCUUGAAUCUUUCUGCACCAUAACUAUUUCGUCUGCCUACUUUAUGCUUUUCAGAAUAACAGGAAAAAGUAUUGUUUGUCUAAUUCAGAUGAACAUCGAAAGAGCACUUAUGGCGCGGUCCUUAGUUCAUGAGUUUUCUUAUGGUUUAGCUAAAGCUAUUUGGGUGGGGAAUGUCGGACAUUACUGAUCGCCGUUUUCUUUAUCUGUCUAAGAACAAGUAAACGUCUAAGGAGGUCAUGCUCUGCAUACAUUAGGCCACUCUCCCAUAAAAUCCGUGUAACCACAACUAAGCUCGAGCCGUAGCUUAUAGGCAAGUGUUUCUGGUGUUGAAGUAACCAUUGACUGAAGUCCUGACAGCGUAACGUAAAGGCAGACCCCUGCGAGUCAGUAUUAUCAGUGCAAUUUUUCCUACUAUAUACACAUCAGUAGCCAUUUAUUUCAAUGUUUUACGCAGGACUAAGCACAAAAUACAUAAACGCCUUUCAGUGCCUACUGUUAAAGGAUUGCUCAUAUCUGUUUUCUUAAAUUUAUUUACUCUUGAAGCCGGCUAUUGCCCCUACAAUCGAUCAGCAGCUAGAGGCCUGGGACCAGUGCAGCGUGGUCUUUCUGAUCCUUCUCUCUACGGCAAUAGCAUGCAUUUUCCUGGUCCAUUUGCUUGUUAUGUUCUACAAGUGGGCAAUAAAAUACACACGUGUGCUUGACCGUGUUAUUGAGCCGGACGGCGAAGCUGCGACUCAGGCUGCCACUUGGAAUGAAACCUGCCUGAACACUUUCACCCCCGACUACGUGUGGUACACAAAUUUCAAGCCACAGGCCUUCCAGUUUGAUAUGCAGGUACAUUCGGAAUUCCAGAAAUUGGAGGAUAUUCUUUAUAAACUCUCGCAUGGUUAA